AGUCAGUGAGGGAGAAGCUCCAUCCCAGUCCACUCCGCACACACACCCUCUGUCACACACACACACACACACACUCACACACUCACAAACUCACAAACUCUCAGUCAGUCACUGCUGCUGCUGCCAUGAAGCCUACAUGGAUAGUUCUCCUUCUUGUGUCCUUCUCUCUCCUUCACACAGAAGCCGAAGAUGCCACCGCAGGUGAUGCCACCGUAGAUGAUGCCCCAAAAGAUGAGACCGAUCCCAAAGACACAGAUCCACCCACUGCCCCCUCUACAACAAAGCCUACCACAACAAAAGCAGUCACACCAACACCAACAGCACUAAAAGAAACCACCAAGACUCCUGUCACACCAGUGUCAGGAGCUGAGGCAGGUAGUACCUCAAGCAAGAGCGAUCCUGCAGCCGUUACACCAGUUUCGGACGCAAAGCCAACAACUUGUGCAACAACUGAGAAAAUGAACGAGAAAGCUGUCUCUCCUACUCUGUCUGGAUCUGACAUCACAAACAUUAAAGCAAAUGAUACAGGAGAUAAUGCCACGGGCACAGAUGUGGAUGAGGAGGGAACCGCUAUAGGAAAGGACAACAACACAGACGAGACAGACAAGCCGCUGCCUGGGACAGAUGGCACUAAGACUCCAGCGGGACACGGGGAGAAUAAUCAACAGAGUGGUCAAAAUACACCAGGGGAAACAAAGGAAGAGGAGACCGACCGGAAGAUCCUGUGGAUCUUGUUGCCUGUUCUGGGAGUGUUGGUGGCCGGGGUGAUCUUUGUCCUCAAGUUCAAAUGCAUGAAGGUUCAGGGCCAUGCAGAGCCGACUGAGAACGGGACUGAAAAUGCCUCGUUCCAAAGAUCUGACAGCAACAAAGAUGGCGUCAUGCUCCUGGGGGUGAAGUCAUCUGGUGGAGAGGAAAACGCGGCGGCCAGAUAAGACGUGCAGCUGACUGAAGGCAAGUCCCACAAGAACACAAGAGACACUGGUCAUCUCCACUCUAACCACCACUGGUCAACUCCACCCUAACUACCACUGGACACCACCCUCUCUUCCCUGGCAACGGAUUCAACUGAGUAACGAUUACAAAGGAACGCUGAAGUGGGUUCGAUUACAAAUCCAAUAUGACGUGUGGUAUUUCCUGUAAGUUAUGCCAGAGUACUAUAAUUAUAUAUAUUAUUAUUGUUAUUAUAUUAUAUUAAAAAUAAAACAUGCAAGCAUACA